AAAAGUGGUGACCAUUGCCAAGUCGAAGAAGUUUCGGGAUCGCCACGGGAAAGUUCUGCUGGAGGGCCAGAGGCUGAUCAAGGAUGCUCUGGAGGCAGGGGCUGCGCUGCAGACUCUCUUCUUCAGCACUGUGGGGCACCUGAAGGAGCUGCCCGAGGCACAGCUAAAACAAGCCACCUUAGUUAAGGUGAAAUUUGAAGACAUUAAGACCUGGUCUGACCUCGUAACUCCUCAGGGGCUUUUAGGGAUCUUUGCCAAGCCCGACCAUGCCAAGAUGUCUUACCCUGCUGCUCAGCUAACCAGCUCUUUGCCCCUGCUCCUCAUCUGUGACAAUAUCCGAGAUCCAGGAAACAUGGGGACUAUUCUGAGAUCUGCAGCAGGAGUCGGCUGUGAGAAAGUGCUGCUCACCAAAGGCUGUGUGGAUCCAUGGGAGCCAAAGGUGCUCCGUGCAGGCAUGGGGGCUCACUUCCGUCUGCCCAUCGUCGCCAACCUGGACUGGGAAUCUGUUCCCAGCAACCUUCCUGCUGGCGUCCAGGUCUGCGUGGCCGACAACAAAGACCCCAGUGCUCAGACCGAGACAGCAACCGUGCCAAGGGGAGCUGGUGGGGCUGGCUCUGCCUCUGGCAGCCCCAAAGCUCCUGUGAAAUCCAAACCCAAGGCUGGUCCUGAGCAAGAGGACGAGGAGGGAGCGGCAGGCGUCUGCAUCCCAGAGCUGGCCACACAAUAUUACUACGAGAACUGGACACAGACUCCGGUGGCAGUGGUGAUCGGCGGAGAGACCCAUGGUCUGAGUCCAGAUGCUCUUCACCUCGCAGCCAGCACCGGUGGGAAGAGACUGGUCAUUCCUGUGGUGCCAGGCAUGGACAGCUUGAACUCUGCCAUCGCUGCGGGCAUCGUGCUGUUUGAGGGGAAGAGACAGCUGCUGCGGAGGCACAAGCAGGAAGGCGAAAGGCAGAAGUUCCCUGUAGUGGGCUAA